AUGGAAUUUGUGAUUCCCUCUAAGAAAGAGGUUUGGAAGGCUCGGGUGUUGGCUGCGGCAUGUCGUGACUUUGAGGAGUUGCUGGCAAGGCCAGCAGGCCGACAUGCAGAGGAGGCUGAGGACUUACUCUCCGCACCCUUCCGCGAGCUCGCACAGAAGGAUUCCGCCUGGGAAGGCCUCGAUGAGGCGGAGAUCGCCACGGCCGCACCUUUGCUGCUAGGCCCUCGUGGUCUCCUCGAGCUUACGGAGAGCGCAGGAAACGACAACGGCGGUGGCUGUGUGCUUUUCCGCCGCUCAGCGCUCGAAGCCACUGCACGCUUCCUGGACCUUUAUGGCGCCCGCCGUGCGGCGUCGCCCACCUUGCGGCGCCGGUCCUUGCGGGUGGCGGAAGCCUGUCUGAGCAUCUUCCGGAAUGAUGUGGACAACAAGGUGGGAUUGAAUGCGUUGCUGUGUAUGCUGAAGACCUUCGAAGUGCCUGACAUUCCGCUGCCGGCAGAUGGGCUCGGUGAUGAGCUUCUUCGUGAGCUGAAGCUGCGGCACUCGAAGCUCACCGCAGGGCAGAACUCUAUGCUGCAUAGGGUGCUAGCGGUGUUGGCGGAUGCCCGGGCCGCUGCCGGCCGCCCCGUGCGAGGCGGGUCAGGACCUAUUGGGCUGGUCUGUGAGCUCCGCACGCGCUUGUUGGGGACCUUGCAGCGGGAGACGGCCUUGUCCAAGCCGACCCUGGAGCUGGUGACAGGGCUCUUAGAGUCUGCGAGUGUGCUGCUCCGGCGCCACGCGGCGGAGUUCUCGGAGGAGGAGCUGCAGCGGCUCUACAACAUCGCCACCUCGGUGGCAUUGGAAGAGUCGCCCUCUACACGCCUGGGUCCCCGCCGGGCGGCGCUGCAACUCUUCCAGGACCACGCCUUUGUCUUUCGCCGCCUCUUCGCACGGGAAGCUCUCGUGGUGACCGAGCGGAAGCCGGGCGACCGGGCGCUGGCGGCCGGGACGCCGAGCGACGCCGAGCGACGAGGGAAGGGGAAACUGAAGUGGGAUGAAGGAUUCGCCAUUGCUGCGGAAGAUGCUGGACACCACCGCCGCGUCGCAGCCCGACGUCGCCUCGGCGGGCCGCGGCAUGCUGACCGCCGUGUUGCGGGCGCAAAUCCCCGGAGAUGCAUUAAGCGCCAUGCACGAGCAGAAGUGCGCCAAGGAAGUCCCUGUGGUCCCAACGAAGUCCCUUGGCCUUCAGAAGACGGUGCUUUUCACUGCGAGGCCUUCGAGGAGGCGUGGAAGCGUGCGGAGGCCUUUCUGAAUGACAACAUGCCGCCGUGGGACCUCUUGAAUCGCGGCACCUUGCAGCUGGGCCUCUUGCCCGCCACGGUGACCCAAGCCCUCCAGGUACGUCAGAACUUCAGCUGGGCCGCAGAAGUGCCAGAGGAGAUCUGGCUGAACUACGUGCUGCCCUAUGCUAGCGUGAACGAAGCCCGCACAGACUGGCGGAGAUUAUUGUUCGAGGCCCUGAAGAUCGACGCUGCGAAGCGGAGCUUGGCAGAGGUCACCCAGUUGGUGAAUGAGAAACUCUGGUCUGCAGUCCGCAACGACACCACCAUUGUUUUCAAGGCGCAGCAGACUCCGCUGAUCUAUGAUACAAUGAGCGCCAUCGCUUUUGGCUAUGCCUCCUGCACGGGUUUGUCCAUCAUGUUCCUGGACGCGCUGCGCAGCGUGGGGGUGCCCGCUCGCCUGGUGGGCACGCCCGCGUGGCAUGGGACCUUUGCCGACGGGAACCACAACUGGGUGGAAAUCUGGCUGGGCCAUGGUUCUGGCCUCUUUGGGGAAGCCUGGACGUUCUUGGAAGCCUCUCCUGCUGGGCCUGGCGAGCAUCUGCUCAAUCCCUGUGACAAGUGGUUUUGCAACCCCAGUCACUUUGAUGGGAAGACCAUGUCCUUCGCGGCCAAGUUUGAUCGCGAGAAGGAGAAGUUCAACUAUUAUCCCAUGGCCCUCAGCGAUGGGGUGUUGAAUGAUUUGGAUGCGCGGAAGGUGACAGAUCUUGCAGAGGCCUCCCGCAAGCGCCCGCUGGAGGAGGCGGACGAGGCUCCCCCGCCAGAAGCUGAGGUGGUGCGAGGCUGGUACCCGCACUUCCACGAGCUCGUGCUCCGCCCCAGCGGUCCCGAGAAGCUCACGGGUGCUCGUGGCUUGGGAGCGUUGGUGCCUGCCGUGGCCCGGCUCGAGGGACCUGCUGUGGUGCUGGAGAUUUUGGAGGUGAUCCUUGACGCAGCCGAAGCUGCAGUGGUGCCCUUCACUGAAGCAGUGGAGGAGGAGGACCCCGACCCCGCCGACGCGCCGGCCACGCCGGCUGCCUCGACGGGAGCGGCGAGCACUUCGGCAGCGGGCCAGCGGCUGACGGCGACGGCCUUGCCUGAGCUGGCAGAGGCUCUCUCCCGCGCGAUCCCAACCGUCUCCCGCUGGUUGACUGGCACUCAGUGGGUGCGUCUGCUGGCCGUCGGAAUUCAGCUCUUCCGCGGCUUCCACCGGGUCUUCACCAAGCGAAGACCUUUGGUGGCCCAAGCGGUCGCCCACCUGUUGUCCGUCUUCCGUGCGGCCAGCAAAGAGGAGCGGGAGGAGAGUGCAACCUCGUUGGAGCCUUACGAGGCCUUGGUGGCACAAGGGAUAACGCUCAUGGUCACAGAGGACGAGUCCUUGCAAGGCCUGUGGGAGCUCAUUUUGAAUCAUUUGGAGCAUGAGAAGCGCCUCGAGGAAGUUCAGCUCUUGGCCGACAGCCUCACCCGGAAUAUCCUGAUGCUUGCGCGACAAGGCGAGACAGCCCGCUCGCAGCCUGGCCGGAACAGAGACGGGAACGGGGCAACACUGGCCAGUGUGGUUCGGCAGGAGCAAGACUUUUCCAAGGUGAAUGGAUGUUUGGCAUGCCCAUUGCAAACUUCCACGGCCAUUCUGCAGAGAAUGGUUCAGUUGCUUUGGCAGUUGAAAGAUCUCUAA